GGCUGGUUCUGGUGAUAUCAAAGUUGUACGUGUAGUCUUGUCACUUGACUUUUGUUGGAUCUCGCCUCAGCCAAAUGUCCGCCUCGAACCACCUUUAACCUUUUUCAACGAUAACACACAAGACUCAAUCACCACAAUUUUCGACAAGAGAUCAACCGAAAUUAUGACAAAAGAAGAGAGUAACGCUCAGCAGAGCACACAAGAAGACGACGAUGAGCCUGAUGAAUGGGACAAGCGGAUCUUUAGCACUGGAUGCGCGGAUGAGAACGCAAAAAUGACGGAUUGCUACUUUGAAAAGAAGGAUUGGCGCGCAUGUGCUGCAGAAAUGGAGCAAUUCAAACAGUGCUGGAAGGCUCAUAACAACGACCAACGCACAGAGACCAAGGACAAUUGAAGUCGCAUUCGGGGACAUGUAACCGCAUAAUACUGUACUAUUACUGUAUAAAAUGUAAUAUACCAAGACCAGGCUCUCCUUUCCAGUCGAUUAGGAAACUAUGACUUCCAAAUGCGUUCACUCAA